GAACGAAUCCACGAUCCGGGCGGCGGGGACGCCCCACAGCUCUGCCCUGGCACUGAAUGAAUCCACGAUCCGGCCGGCAGGGACGCCUCACGGCUCUGCCCUGGCUCCCUGCAGCUCUGCCCCGGUGCUGAACGAGUCCAUGAUCUGGGCGGCGGGGAUGCCCCACAGCUCUGCCCUGGCUCCCCGCGGGGCCGGCAAGGGGCUGAACGAAUCCACGAUCCGGCCGGCAGGGACGCCCCGCAGCUCUGUCCCGGCUCCCCGCGGGGCCGGCGAAGGGCUGAACGAAUCCACGAUCCGGCCGGCAGGGACGCCCCACAGCUCUGCCCCGGUUCCCUGUGGGGCUGGCAAGGGGCUGAACGAAUCCACGAUCCGGCCGGCAGGGACGCCGCACAGCUGUGCCCUGGCUCCCUGUGGGGCUGGCAAGGGGCUGAACGAAUCCACGAUCCAGCCGGUGGGGACGCCCCACAGCUCUGUCCCGGCUCCCCGCGGGGCCAGCGAGGGGCUGAACGAAUCCACGAUCCGGCCGGCAGGGACGCCCCACAGCUCUGUCCCGGCUCCCCGCGGGGCCAGCGAGGGGCUGAACGAAUCCACGAUCCGGCCGGCAGGGACGCCCCACAGCUCUGUCCCGGCUCCCCACGGGGCCAGCGAGGGGCUGAACGAAUCCACGAUCCGGCCGGCAGGGACGCCCCACAGCUGUGCCCCAGCGCCCCAGCCGGGGAUCGGCGCCCCAGCGAGACCGGCCGGGCCCCCGGCCCCCGGGCGGCAGUACGCCUGUCCCGAGUGCGGCCGGGCCUUCGGGCAGAGCUCCCACCUGACGCAGCACCUGCGGAUCCACACGGGCGAGCGGCCCUACGUCUGCCCCGACUGCGGCCGGGCCUUCAGCGCCAGCUCCAACUUCCUGGCGCACCGGCGCACCCACACGGGCGAGAAGCCCUACGACUGCUCCGUGUGCGGGCGCAGCUUCCGCGCCAGCUCCACCCUGCAGCGGCACCGGCGCCUGCACACGGGCGAGCGCCCCUACCGCUGCGGGCACUGCGGCCGCGCCUUCUCCCAGAGCUCCUCGCUGGCCAAGCACCGGCGCCUGCACACGGGCGAGCGCCCCUACCGCUGCGGCCAGUGCGGGGAGGCCUUCGCCGUGCAGUCGGGGCUGGCCGCCCACCGGAGCCGGCACACGGGCGAGCGCCCCUUCGCCUGCCCCGACUGCGGCAAGGGCUUCCGGCGCAGCUCCGACCUGGUGCAGCACCAGCGCGCCCACACCGGGGAGCGGCCCUUCCGCUGCGGCCAGUGCGGCGCCGGCUUCAACCUGGCCUCCACCCUGGUCAACCACCAGCGCAGCCACACCGGGGAGCGGCCCUACCGCUGCCAGCGCUGCGGGGCCAGCUUCGCCCGCAGCUCCACCCUGGCGCGCCACCGGCGGGGCCACGGGCCCGAGGGCGCCGGGCGGCAGGAGGCAGAGCCCGGCCCCCCGCCCGGCCCCCUGAAUCAGGGCUCCUGCCCCCUGCCCCAGCAGGGCCCCCUGGGUCACAGCUCAGAGCCCCUCUCUGGCCAGGACACCCUCACCCAGCAGGGCCCCCUGCGUCACGGGUCAGCUCCUGCCCCCCGGCAGCCCCCAACGGGUCAGGGGUCAGAGCCUGCCCCACAUCAGCGUCCCCUGAGCCAGGGCCCCAUGGGUCACGGGUCAGCUCCUGCCCCCCGGCAGCCCCCAACGGGUCACGGGUCAGCUCCUGCCCCCCAGGAACCCCCCAUGGGUCACGGGUCAGAUCCUGCCCCCCAGGAACCCCCCACGGGUCAUGGGUCAGAGCCUGCCCCCCGGCAGCCCCCCACGGGUCAGGGGUCAGAGCCUGCCCCCCAUCAGGGUCCCCUGAGCCAGGGCCCCAUGGGUCACAGGUCAGAUCCUGCCCCGCAGCAGAACCCCCUGAGUCAGGGCACCAUAGAUCAGGGCCCGGCCCCCCAGCCUGGCACUCUGGGUCAUGGGUCAGAGCCUGCCCCCCAGGAGGCCCCCCCAGCUCGGCCCCCCGCCCCCCAGCCGGGCGAGCGCCCCUACCCGUGCCUGGUGUGCGGGAAGCGGUUCUCCCGCAGCUCCAACCUGGUGGCCCACCAGCGGAUCCACGCGGGCGACAAGCCCUUCCGGUGCCCGGAGUGCGGGCGCGGCUUCCUGCGCGGCUCCAACCUGCGGACGCACCGGCGCCUGCACACGGGCGAGCGCCCCUACCCCUGCCCCGAGUGCGGCAAGCGCUUCGGCGACACCUCCGUGCUGGUCAAGCACCAGCGCAUCCACACGGGCGAGCGCCCGCACCGCUGCCCCGACUGCCCCCGCCGCUUCAGCCAGGCCUCGGACCUGGUGGCCCACCGGCGGGUGCACACGGGCGAGAAGCCCUACGUCUGCGCCGAGUGCGGGCGCGGCUUCAGCCGCAGCUCCAACCUGCUGACGCACCGGCGGCUGCACCGCGGCGAGCGCCCCUACCCCUGCCCCCAGUGCGGCAAGAGCUUCGGCCAGAGCUCCGACCUGCUGCAGCACCAGCGCACCCACACGGGCGAGCGCCCCUUCGCCUGCGCCCAGUGCGGCAAGGCCUUCAGCAAGGGCUCCACCCUCACCGGGCACCAGCGCAUCCACACGGGCGAGCGGCCCUUCGCCUGCCCUGCCUGCUGCAAGCGCUUCCGGCACAGCUCCCACCUGACGGCCCACCUGCGGGUGCACGCGCGGGCGCGGCCGCUGUGAGCCGGAGCCCCUCGGCUCUGCCCCCCGGCCCUGCCCCCUGGCUCCCACCUGCGGGUGCACGCCCGGGAGCGGCCGCUGUGAGCCGGAGACCCCCGGCUCUGCCCCCCGCCCUGCCC